AUGACGCAUCUACUCCCCCCGAUGCUGUUGAACCUGUUCGCCCCGCGGCCGCCGCUGCGAUGGGUUGAGCCGGCCGACCACGCGCCUGAGAAGCGCUGCACGCCCAAGAUUGGUGGCGUGGGCCAGUACCUCGAGGCGCUGAGGGAAUACAAAGACAACGACGGCUAUGUGCCCACCGACAGCUGGCUGCAGAAGCGCGAUCGCAAGAAGCUCGAAAAGAAGGAGAAACAGGAGCACCUGCUUACCGAAGGGGUCAAGGAUUACAAACCCUCUGAAGAUCCCAAAGUCCAGGGCGACGCUUUCAAAACGCUCUUCGUGUCGCGCUUGUCGUAUGGCGUCACUUCUGAUGACCUCGAGCGCGAAUUCGGCCGCUACGGUCCUAUUGAGCGCAUCCGCAUCGUCGAAGACGUUACUCAGCCCGCCGACGCGCCAGCCAAGAAGCGAAAGCGCGGUUACGCUUUCAUCGUAUUUGAGCGCGAAAAGGAUAUGAAGGCCGCCUACAAAGAGACCGACGGUAUCAAGAUCAAAGACCGCCGUGUACUGGUAGAUGUCGAGCGCGGUCGCACAGUCUCUGGAUGGCGCCCUCGUCGCUUCGGUGGCGGUCUCGGCGGACGAGGCUACACCAAGGGCCCGUCUGCUCGCGGUCCGAGUGGAGGUGGCAGCCAAUUCGGUGGCCCUCCAGCUGGCCCUGGUGGCUUCGGAGCUCGUGGCGGCGGCUUUGGUGGUGGUUUCGGCGGACGCGGUGGCGGCCGUGGCGGCUUCGGCGGCGAUAGAAGUGGUUUCGGCGGACGAGGUGGAUUUGGAGGUGGAGGCCGUGGUGGACGUGGUGACUUUGGUGGUGGUCGUGGAGGGAUUGGUUACCAAUCCAAUGGCUACGGUCCUCCCGACGGCGCGCCAGCAGGUCCGCGUGGCCCACGAGGCGGUGGCUUCGGUGGCGAUCGAGGAAGUGGCGGCGGAUUUGGAGGCGAUCGAGCUGGAGGCGGUGGAGGACGAUACGAAGAUCGUCGUGGCGGUGGUGGAGGUGGCUUCGACAGAGGUUCCAGCGGUGCUAACAAUGAACCGCUCGGUAGCAGAGAUCGGUAUCGCGAUCGCGACGGUGGUGGAUACGGUGGAGGCCGAGACGACUCCAGGAAGCGCGGUUACGAAGGCGACAACUACGACGAUCCGCGACAGCGCCGCAGAUACUAG